CGACAAUGGCUUCCGCUGCUGUUAGUGCUUUCUAAAUUAGUGUGCAUGUGUUAACCACAAACAUCUUAACAUAUUUAUGAUUCAAAUUCCUACAUCCUGAACUAUUGAUAUGGAACAGAACCAUGACCAUACUCCUAUAAGUCCAGGACAUAUCAACAUGGACCAGAGUGUGGUCACCUCAAGCCUGCCGGAGACCACACACAUACAUAUUGAGCAGGCACAGUCCGGUGCAUCGCAGCAACUCGGCCAAAUGACGCCACAAAUGCAAAAUGUAGUGAUUCACAUGAGUGAAGCAGGAGAGGGUCUCUUUUCACCUGAUGGAAAUGUUGUCUUUUCAACUCAACAACAUCUAGAAUCAACAAGCCCAAGUGGUCAAUCACCACCUCCAAUUUAUGUUUCAUCGCUGAAACCAAUGAAUGACAAUAUAAUACAGAUUGAGACUGUGACAGAUGUUGAUAGGUCAGACUCCACGACCAAACAGACUGGAAUGAUGAGCUGUCUGGUGUGUAGUGAUAAGGGGUCUGGCUAUCAUUAUUCUGUUUUCUCCUGUGAAGGGUGUAAGGGAUUUUUCAAAAGAACUGUUCAGAAAAACUUAUCGUAUUCCUGUAAAGAUGUUGGCAAUUGUAAUAUUAACAAAUUCACACGGAAUAACUGCCAGUAUUGUAGAUUCAUGAAGUGUCAGCAAAUGGGCAUGAAGAGAGAAGCUGUGCGUGAGGACCGUUCACCAGGAGGAAAACAUCGUCACAAACGUCCACGACUUGAGGACAUGCAGUCUAUUUUUGGUCCAGACGGAGGGCUUAGUAUAGUGUCCGACACUGACCGACGCUCGGAGAUCUAUGAGCAGACUAUAGAGGGCCUAAUACAGGCUAAGGCUGACUUGAUGCCUCACUUUGACGGUGCUACUGGUCUGCAGAGUAUGGGAAUUAAUGAGAUGAUGCAGUUUGGCUAUGCUGAACUUAAGUUUAUCAUUGAUUGGGCAAAGAAAGUACCAGGAUUUCAAGAUUUUUGCAUUGAGGACCAAAUGGCUCUCCUCAAAUCAUCGUUCAUGGAGCUUAACAUCCUUCGACUUUCCUUCAGGUCUAUCGAUUACGAUGAGUCUAUCAAGUUCGCGGAUGGAUUCAUACUGCCUGCUGAAGUUGCCAAAGGGAUGGGAUUUGGUAAGGAACUUGUGACAGCCAUCAGUGAAUUCAGCAGACGACUUAAGGAGAUGGAGAUGGACAUUGUGGAGUUUAACAUCAUGAAUGCUAUUGUUCUCACUUACCCAGACGCUGCUGGCCUGAAAGAAAAGACUAGUAUCACUGUGUAUCAGACGAAGAUGCUGGACGUCUUAAGACACUACAUGACGCAAAGUCAUCCGGAUGAUCCAAGGCGAUACGGAAAGAUGUUGCUACGGUUACCAUCACUAAGGACAGUCAGUGCAAAAGCUGCAGAAAGAUUCCUAUCUCUUACUCUAGAUGGCUCAAUUCAGCUCAAUGACCUUGUUUUGGAAAUGAUUAAUUAACCUAAAAGAAACGCUUUGUUUUAAAAUCUAUUUUUCACAAAGAUGAGCAAAAAUAAUCAUAGCUUUCUAUGACUUGAGAAAAUCUCUCCUGAGUAUGACUGUAGGGCUCUGAUAGUGAAUGGAAAAAAGUCCUAUUAAUAACUGAUUAUCAGAUUUUCCAAGUUUUAAGUCACACUUGUUUAUAAGCCACAAAGCCAAUUUUUCUGUCAUUUUUUCCCCAUUUGAUCCACAUAUUAACCGGUUAUAAACAAAUAGGAUUCAUCUGGAAUUAAUAGAUUGUGUGUCAAUUAAUUAAUAGCAAAUUCAUUACCAAUUACCUUGGUAUUUUACAUUAUGUAAUUCUGACUCAAAUGCCUGUCUUAUCCAGAAAGGCAUGUGAAAAAUUUUAAUAUGUUGUCAGUUAAUAACUUAUAAUCCUCGGUAUGAAAUUUGUUUUCUUUCAAACGCAGGAAAAUAUUGUAAGGAUACAGGCGACUGAUUGUGAAAUGUUAGGAUUGAUUGUCAAAUAUGUACUGAUAAGUAAAUACUAUAUUAGUUUGAUGUCUGGUGUUUCAGGAGGAUUGUGAUUUUUGUAGAGUUUGAGUUGUAUGAUUGAUGAUUCCUCAAUCAGUGUGAGAAUGUUCUCCCAAAAUACGAAAUCAUUGAUGAUUAUAACAAAGUUAAUCAGUCAACUGGUAUUAUAAACAUGUAAAAAUAUUUUCCAGAAUAAAACAUCACUGAUGGAUCACACAAAAAUCAAGCUAGUAUUUUAUAUAAUAAAUGAUUUUAAUGUUAAAAGAUAAGAAUAGACUCGAUCAGGUUGAUGUUCUUUUCAUAAUUAUAAGCUCAAAUUUAUAUUAUCACAGAAGUGGGGUAUUUUUUUAUAGGAAAUUGUUGAUUUAUAUGUUAUCACAUGUUUGUCUUGUUUCGUGAAUGUUACUGAUUUUUCAAAUGAGUAAAAUGGACCUGGCAAAUGGAUUUGCACUGCCUCUAUAUAACAUAAAACUGAAAGAAAUAUUAUUGUUUUCUUUAACUGUCAUUGAGUUACGCUUUGUUGUUGUCUUUUACUGCAUUAGUAAGAAAUUUUACGUCAGAUGAGAUUCGGAAGAUAUUAAUAUUAUAACGGCAGUUUGAUUUGGUACAUACGUUUAAGGACCUGAAACAGGUUUCUAUUUCACAAAAGGUUUAUGAAACAGAUUUUUAAACAAGUUACGUUUCUGAGGUGACAAGUACUUAGGAAAACAUAAAAUAACUCUUUUGUUUUGUUUUAUUCUUGACAUAUCAAAUUAUAAAGCUAUGUCCGUCACUUUUUCUCUCUAAAUGAAAAUUUGAAAUAGAUAUCAAUUCACAUAAUUUCACAGGGUAAUUUCAUGGUUGUUAGGAACUGGAUAAUUCUGUCUCACACAGAGUAGAGAAAGACAGUAAGAUAGUUUCAUCAGUUCAUGUGGUGUAACCAUGUCGCAAAUUGAUAAUGUCUAUUUUAUGCCCUUUGUCUGAGACAUUAAUGAUGGUGCAACGAUUAAGUUUCACAAAAAAAUUACAAUUUUGUCUGAGACAUUAAUGAUGGUGCAACGAUUAAGUUUCACAAAAAAAUUACAAUUUAUGACUUUUUUUCAUUUUUUUGAAUAUGUGUUAGGUAUAACCCUAUAUGGGUCUUUUUCUUGUAUGUUCUUGCUGAAGGAACAGACCCAUGUAAGAUUCUAUUUCUCAUUCUGCUAGGACUGAUAAUCGUUUUUGUUAUGAAUUAUAGAAUCAUCCCAAUUCUAACAGUAAUGAGUUGAGCUGCAAAUAAGCCCACUGUCCUGGGUAUCUUUCUGACUGAAUGCAGUGAAAUGCUAUGAUCUCUUUAAAGUUAGUGUUGUGAUAUUUUGAAGCAUUACUCACAGAAAAAUCGAAAUGCAGCUGUCGCUUAAAUGUUGAAACAAUCCUGAUUCCUGGGUAUACAUUCAGAUAGGAAGCAGUGAUUUUCCUGUCUUUUUUAUAUAGCUGUGAUUUUUCUGUCGUUUUCUAAAUAUAGCUGUUGGAGAAUGUUUUAAGUACAAGCUUUAUCAUAUUGCAUUUAUGCUUUCGAAUUUAUUGAUGUAUAAAUAUUCUAUUAAGGCAAAAACUUUCUUUCUAACUAAAGAUUGAUAAUAGUUUAAAUUGCACCAUUAGAAUAAGCGUGAAAGAAUCAAAGAACAGAAUAGACAAAAAACAUCCAAAGUCCCCCAGACAUUAUGGCAUUAACAAGUUUGUGGUUCAGAUAAAACAUACCCCAAAAUAUAGCUUAUAAUCAAUAGUCUAAACAGGUAGAUAAUGGAGAAAGGUUUUAACAGUCCUGAAAUUUGCUGAAAAUGUGCAUAAUAAUAUUGUAAUAGCUUUUAUUCUAUAGACUUAUAACAGAAAUAUGCUGAAUAAAUAUUUAGAAA